UGGCUAACAAGAAUCCACGCCCGCCCCAUCAAACGCUCACUCAGUGACGGCGAUUUGUCCUCCUUCUCGAAGAAGAAGAAGAAGGCGAAGCAUUACGAUCCGGACCUCUUUCCGGUGAACCUGCCGCCCAUCAGAUGUUCAGUCAGCGACGGGGAUAUCCUCUCGAGGACGAAGAAAGACUCUAAAGAUCAUAGCCUUUCACUUCUUCCUCCUGCAAAUACCGUUACUGCCCCGGUUUUCAAUUCCUUCCCUAAACCAGACCCCAAAGUUAUCCUGGACAAGGCUUGGGGAAUGCUAAAGCCAGCUAUCCAAAGCAUCUUCCUCGAUGAGCCAAACGAUUUCUGCUAUUCUGCGAUUUACAAUGCUGUCUAUAAGGCAUGGAUGAUUGACUCAGGAGAAGCCCUUUUCAAUCUGGUUCUAGAAGAGUGUGGCACACACAUCUCUGCAUCCAUGGAGUCUCUACGAGGGCACUGCAAUGACGAUCCCUCGGUUUUCUUGCCGCUACUGGAGAAAUGUCGGGUGGAGUAUGGCAGCAAGAUGCGGCUUCUCUGUAGCAUUACCGGAAGCGAACGUUUUAGAGUCGAAGGGAGAGGUUUGUGGGAGUUUGGUCUUGAGCUUUUCACCACGCGUCUCUGCUUGGCCUCUCAAGUUCGUGACAAGGUUACCGCCUACGUUCUAGGAAUGAUUAGAGAUCAGAGAUCAGGCAAGUCUGUUGACAUAAACGCAGAGUCAGUGCAAGCCUUGGCGCAAUCUGAUCUUCCCAAGUACUUGAAGCAUGUCGAGCGAAGGUUACGUGAGGAGGAGGAGAUAUGCAACUCCCUCUACUUUUUUUCAAAUAUCCGCGAAGAGGCGAUUGAAAUUGUGGAGAGGGAGUUCCUUGGGGUUCGUGCUUCUGCCAUUCUUGAAAAUCUAAGCUCCUCUUUUCUCUCUCUCUCUGAUGCUCACAAAAGUCUCCUAAAGGAAAAAUUUGUGAUGUUACUGUAUAUCACUCGUUGCGGCGACGUUAGUAGGCUGUAUGCUCUGUUCACCGAGGCCAACUUAGUAGGUCAUCUCAACGAAGCUCCGAGGUCCUACAUUUUGAAGACCGGAAGGAACAUCUUAGAAGAAGGCUCGUCGUCACUGGCAGAGUUCAAAAAAAUCCGUUGA